CUCUCUCUCCGCAGCCUCAGCCUCAGCCCAGGACUCGCUGCUCCUCCCCGUUAACAAUGGCUGAGAGCAAGUCGCCUCCUGCCCUCCCCUGCAAAGCCGUGAUCGUGCCUGGCAAUGGAGGGGGGCACGUAGAGGACAGUAACUGGUACGGUUGGGUGAACAAGAAACUCAACCAGGUGCCAGAUUUUCAAUGUUUACUUAAGAACAUGCCAGAUCCCAUUACAGCCAAAGAAAAAAUCUGGCUUCCUUUUAUGGAAGAAAAGCUACAAUGUGAUGGACAGACCAUUAUUAUUGGCCAUAGCUCUGGUGCAGUUGCAGCAAUGAGAUAUGCUGAAAUACACAAGGUGUAUGCUAUAGUGUUAAUAGCUGCAUAUACAUCGGAUCUUGGGGAUGACAAUGAAAGAGAAAGUGGGUACUUCAACCGUCCAUGGCAGUGGGAGAAGAUCAGAUCCAACUGUUCCAAGAUUGUUCAGUUUGGUUCCACAGAUGACCCCUUCCUUCCUUGGGCUGAACAACAAGAGGUGGCAGACUGUCUUGGUGCAGAAUUGCACAAAUAUGCAGACCAAGGGCAUUUCCAAAACCAAACUUUUCCACACCUUGUAGCAGUUGUUAAUAAAAUGCUUAAUACAUUUUUAUAGUCAGAAACAUGCCUAUCUCCAGGCCGAUCACAUAUUAAAGUUGUUUUAUUACGUACUGAAUUUCUCAUAAAACUAAAAUAUAUGACUUAAU